UGUAGGUGUCUUACUAAAAUUUGUCAGGUGGGAAAGGCAACAGCGAAGAAUUCGUUUCUAAGCUUCGUUAAGUUAACCACAGGCAAAAUGUCUUCUCGGAAGAAGGUUUUACUGAAAGUCAUCAUUCUGGGUGACAGUGGUGUUGGGAAAACCUCCUUAAUGAAUCAGUAUGUCAACAAAAAGUUUAGUAACCAGUACAAGGCCACUAUAGGUGCAGACUUCUUGACAAAGGAGGUCAUGGUGGAGGACCGGCUUGUCACAAUGCAGAUAUGGGACACAGCAGGACAGGAGAGGUUCCAGAGUUUGGGUGUGGCAUUUUACCGAGGGGCUGACUGUUGUGUGCUGGUGUUUGAUGUCACAAUGCCCAAUACAUUCAGAACACUAGACAGUUGGAGAGAUGAGUUCCUUAUACAGGCCAGCCCACGGGACCCAGAAAACUUCCCAUUCGUUGUAAUAGGAAACAAAAUUGAUUUAGAAAACAGAGCGGUAUCUGUAAAGAGAGCACAGGGCUGGUGUCAGAGCAAAGGAGGAAUUCCCUACUUUGAAACAAGCGCAAAAGAAGCAAUCAAUGUGGAACAGGCCUUUCAAACAGUGGCCAAAAAUGCUUUGGCACAGGAGACAGAGGUGGAGCUGUACAAUGAAUUUCCAGAUCAAAUCAAAUUGUCCAAUCAGGAAAACAAACCUAAAGAUGGCUGUGGAUGUUAAAUAGGAAAGAUAACUGUAAAAUGGACUUAACUGUAAACAUACUCGCACAGCAUGACAGCAUGGUGACUUGUGCGGGUCUGAAUACAACCACCAUUCUAGUGUUUCAAUGAAUUUUGUAUAAACUGUAAAUGAUUAUCUGGCGCAGGCAAAACAUGAUAUUUAACUUAUUCCUUUGUGAAAAUGAAUGGUUUAUUGUCGAUACAGUUCCUCCUGGGUCCAUGGUUUACUCCUGACCUGGGGAAAUUAUCUGACAGAUAUUCCAAGUCACGCGCUGGCAGAUUAAGCCACAUGCAGACUCCUGAAGAAGACAGGCUUUCUGGAUACACAUCAGGGACAUGCCUGGAAGAUCCGAGACUACCACCUUGUCAAGGAAUAGUAAUUUGAGAUUGGGCAUCGGUUAAUGAUUUGCAAGAGAUCUUGUGGAUUAAAGCAGGUGCGCUCAGAGGAACAUGUAUUUGUAACAUACUAUAAAAUGUCAUAUUAUAGUUGCCUUUCCUGCUAUAUAAUGCUAAUAUUAAAACUGUAAAUAUGUUGAAAUGUGAGAACUGUUAUAAUAAAUACUCCCAACAAGAAACACAAACAAAAAGGUGUUUGUGGUGAAGAACAAAAUCGUUAGAAUGGUGGUUAUAAUGAAAGGCAUUUUGAAUAAGGACAAUAAAAAAGAAUAAUUGUUCAAACAACAAUGCUACACCUUAAGAUUUUUAGGUUUAAAUCAAGGCAAAACUGUAUAUUAUAUCUUGAAUUGUCAAAAAUGCCUUUCCUUAUAUUUGUUUCAGUAACUUAGGGAAAUACAAAUUGUCUGUAUGCAUACAUUGUAUACUAAGUCUACUUAAAGUUCAGGCUUUAUUCUGAUCUCAGCUAAUCUGAAUUAUUCAACUGUGACGUAUGCGGCGGAGGAAGCUUGUAAAAAUCCACUUUUCUCUAUCUUAAUUUGCUUGAUUUUAAGUUUGUUUGUAAAUUUUGACCAUGCAUCAACACCUUUAUUGAGGUAUGGUGUAAAGAUUACUAUACUGAGACAGUCCCUGUUUUUGAACUGAAUGUGAAUCUUGUGAUCUUCAGAUUUAUUUUGGGGGAAGAUAUUCUUUGCACUUCACUGAAAAUGUGAUGGUCCCCUGGAAAGUGUAAGGACCGUAUAAUAUGUAUAGUCAUCAUCACUAUCAGCCUAAAAAUGUGCUGCUCAGGAUAUCCAUGUUUGUAACAUUAGUACUAUUAAUAAAAAAAAAUAGGUGGCAGUGCAUGCAAAAAUAAGAGUUCGUAUGUCACUUUUUCAUUUUCGUCUUGUGUAUGAUAGGUUUUACGAGCCCAUUUUAUUUGUUGAAUGUAACAUAUUCCUAUUCCUUAGGACUGUGAUGUUCACCCAUGUUCAAGUAUGUGGUUAUGACAUUUUGGUGUUCUGCCUAUGACAAUGUGUCUGAAGAAUGUCACUUAAAUUUCAUCCAUUGGGAAUGACAUCAGUGAACAUGGUGAAAAUGUCAUGCUUGUUAUAAAUUGUAUAAAAAAAAUAGUAAUUUGCCAUUGCACAUUUAUCAGGAUGCUUUUAAGACAUUGCUUCAAACUAUAGCUGAAAGUGAUAAUCCAAACUUCGAUGUUAGUUGUUUAUUUUUCCUGCUGUCAGAAUAACUACAAUUUUGAAAAGGCAGAAAAUGUAUGGUCAGAAGCAAAGCUAACAAAAAUGAAACACAAAUUAAAUACUCCCAGGAAACAGAAAACCAAAAUGUUCCAAACAGGAAAAUGUCUACAGUCGAUCAAAUGCAUCAUAUAUUGACCUUUCAAAGGAUCCCUUAAAAUUAUUGCACUGAAUUGUUACUCUGAUGGGGUAUGGUAAAUAGUGAAGCACAGAUUUAAUAUGCAAAAAUAUAUUUUAAUAUGCUGAUUUAGCGAUACACAAAUUAUUCCAUAAUAAACAUACCAUCCCAUCUUGUUUAACUGAAGAGAAAGUGAAAGCUGAACCUCUCAAGAAUGUAUAACUACAAAAGGAAGUAGUAAAUAAAUAGCUCACUAUGAAUUAAGGUUCAGACAUUCACUAGCAAAGUGAUAUUGUCACCGCUUUAUAUAAUAUCCUUCAUUUGUAGGCCACAUAUGUUGUACCUUGAAAGUUUGAAUGAUAACAUCUAGUAUUUACAAGGACUGAUAUAGCUAAUACAUAGCUAAGAUCACUCAUCAUUUACUAAUAUACACGUACAUGAGUGUGCUCAGUGAAAUGAUCUAUCAAAACCUUUGUCUUGACGUUUUCUGGUGUACAUGUAUAUAUAUGUG